CCAUUAUCUGCUCUGAUUUUUGCUCAAUUCCGUCAAUACUAGUCCUGGCAGGGAACGCAGGUUCACGUCUCCCUCGUCACGCUGUCGGCCAACCUAGUCAACCAGGGUACCCGCGCGACUUCGCCACGAGGCAUAGCCACACACAUCGGCUCGAAGGGGAGACUCCCUGUUCUCCCUCUUAGCAUGGUCUUUGGUGGUCUCGGUAUCAUGCUCUAUGGUGGAGAGUCUCCGCUCCUCGCCUGGGACAAAAUGCUGGACAAGGUCGACGUCCAAAGCACGUUCUUCGCCACCGUGCUUAUGAUUGUUAUACUCGUGCUCGCAUAUCUGACUAACCCAUCUGAAACGUCUUUUCGCACAUACCUCACCGAACAGUCGUUUCGGCAGCACCUCAGUCGUUUGGAGGGCGACAAUCAGGAUGACCAAAGUGACUCAAGCGACUCCGGUGUUCAUUUCACGCUUUCACGCUCGCGACAGGCCCCUCAGAAAGGGUCUUCAUCAUACAACUCGACGCCACCUUUCCGUUUCAACAGUCGUGCCACCGUUUCAUUGCGUACUCCCAAGCACGUUUUCUACAGCUUUGGCAUCAUGACGAUCGCAGCUGUUCUUCCUACCGGCCGCUCAGGCAGCAAAGGUCGGUCGAUCGAGUGUAGCGGUUUCAUGGUCUCGGAAUCUUGGUUCAUCGGAGCAUUCGGUAAAUGGUGGAGAGGUGGUCCGAUUCAAUCGUGGUGGAUCGACUCCGUAGCAAACAACAAGGACGCUGAGAGAUGCAGUUCUGGAAUACUUGACAUGAAGGCAUUUGAUGGUCUGGAGUGCUAUGAGGGAAUGUCAAUGAACCAGUCGGCUCAACUGUCUCGAGACAGCACACAGAAGUUUCGCAGCACUGAACGCUCCAUGCAGCGCACCGCUAGCAGCUCGCACCGUAGCACUACACCUCCCCCGCUGCCUAAAUCGGCCUCUUUACCGCUUCACGUUCAACGCCAGCCCUCAGACAAGGCUCACAACCAGCGCCAUGCGCAAGCGCCGUCCCAGCCAUCCGUAACCCCGGCCCCGACGCCUUCAGCAGUUUUGAAUCCGCCACAGCUCAACCCUUCGCCGUCGACCCUGUUCGAUCAGUCACCCGUUAUCAGUGAAAUCUUGCGCCAGAUAUCCACAUCCAAGGCCGCAGUCUACGAGCUUCGCAGUCAACUCUCUGAGGCCGGCGCUCAGGCUCAGGAAUCGCAUGCCGCGAUUCAGAGCGAUCUCGGCGAGCACCGUGCACGGAAACGCGAGGAGGACGCUGCGCGUCAGGAGCUCAAGGCGCGCACGAAGACACUUGAAGACUCUAAGAGGUCCGCUGAAUCGUGCAGGAGAGAUACGGAGAAGCGCCUGCGCGCUGCAGAGAGCGCGAGGAACAGUGCGAGCGAGCGGAUAGAACGGCUGGACAAGGAGAUAGGAGCAUUGAAGGAGCGCGUGGGCAGAGACGAGGAUGCGAUCGUUCGUUGCAAGACGGAGGCGGAUGAGGCCGAGAAGGGAUUGAUUGGGGAGCUGGAGAAGAAAAGGAAGGAGAUCAAGGUCGCUGAGGAUGUGGUAGCUGCUCUGAACAGCCGAACGAAGGAGUUGGAAGAGAAGAUCGCGGCUGAGGAACAGAGGCUGAAGCGGGCUAAGGAGCAAGCAGAGUUGAGGAAGCAAGACAGAGAUUUUUACCCCCUGCAUGUCGUCAACCCGCAAGAGGCUGCGACAACUUGGUCGCCCAUUGUGACAGCCUCCAACCUUGCGGCUAGCGAUGUCCACGACCAGAUCAACACCGAUGGUGCUGCGCAGAUCGAAGUCUUUCCUACUGCACUACACUUUCCCGUCGUACAAGGCAGGCGUGCUUCUGUCUCUGAGGAGCCUCAGGGUUUUUCUACUUCUCCUCGUCCCCGGCAUCUCUCACUUGGCGGUAUUUCCAACUUCCGCGAGUGCAAUGGCAUUAAUAUACAGGAGCCAGCACAUCCUCAGAUUGUUCUGCGCCCGCCAGCUGUACAUGAUGAUCUACCGACGUCCAAGUCUUCGUCUCAAUCUCAGUCUAGCCGGUUCUCGCCAUUCACCGAUAACGAACUUGAGGUGCCUGCUUUCGACAAUCAAGGCCCUGGCAUUUCGCCUAGGAGCACGUCUUUGAUCCCGACUAGUCUUAUCAAGUCCUUAGAGGCUGGCGGGGUCUCCGACGAUUUGUCGCGUUCCUUCCAGUCUGACAACGAUGCUAUUCUGGAUCGGGAUUGGCGCAAGAUGCAUACCUUCCCGAGCGCAGCCGUCGAAAGCCCUGGCGUAUUUAACUCGUCCCCGACGUCACUCACCUGCCCUUCGUUCGACGGUGUUGACCGAGAAGAUCCUUUCGAAAUUCGUCCUCCGCCUCCGCCCAUCCGUCAUCGUAUCACCAGCGACGGCGUGGACACCGAGCGCACUUUCCACAACGUCCGCACGUCAUCUGAGCCGCAGCCGCUCACCCGCUCGCGUACCCGUGAGUCUGACAACGGUGAGAAGGUAGUCGGGCACCGCCGGUGGUUCUCCACUCCGCGCGAAACGAAGGACAAGAAGGGCCUCAAUCCGGAGGCGAAAGUCUUCCAGUUCAAGAAGACGUUCCCGAUGUUCGGAGGCCACGCCAGCGCUGCAAAGCACUCACCGUACGACAGCCUCAGCUCCGAGCCGUCCUCGUUCACGUCCUCGCUGAGCGUGCCGAGCAUCUUCGUACCACCGUCGAGCGACUCGGACUCGGCGUUCAGCACACUCUCCAUGCGCGCAUUUGCGCCGUCGCCUGCUGAGCGCGAGGCCCUCGCGCGCGCCGCCGGCACGAGCACGAACACCUCGCUCGAGCGCCUCCCGACGCUGAGCGAGAUCGGGAGCAUGCCGCCGUCGCCGAACCACGUCCACGCCAUCGCCGCCGCUACUGCGCAGCAGCAUUCGCCUCCACACGCCCUUGUCGAUCAUGGCGCGGGCGCGCGCUCGCUGCUCGCACCCGGCCUUGCGUGGCUGAAUGCGCUGCCGCGGAUGAGGAAGGCCAAGUUCUCGCCAUGGGAGGACGAGGCGGACACCGAGGGUGAAGCGCGCUGAGCACGCCUGUCUGCUUCAACGCUGUGACGUCUGCGGAAAGGAGGGGAGGGUCCAGAUGUCAGUCGUCGCUGUAUGUAUACGAAUUCCUAGGUGAAAUGGGUUGUUAGGGUGAAGGGUGAAGGGUGAGGUGUGUUCGGCGUCGACGGUGACAGUGGUGGUGGUGGUGGUGGUGGUGGUCAUGCUCCGUGUGUGCGAUUGCCUGAAAGCUUAACUAUUGUUCUUAUAGCCCCCAGUGAACCUGAAAUGUGAAUGUCAUAGUAUCCG